GGAACUCACCCCUAAAAAGAAGACGAUCCUCCUUCGAUUCACCUUGUGCUCACAAACAACAACCUCUCUCUUUCCCAGCCCCAUCUCUCUCUCUCUCUCUCUCUCUCUCUCUCUGUCCUCCCACUAGAACUCAUCCUUCAAAAAGAGGAACCCUCCCCCUCCUCUGAUUUCUUGUGCCCACAACAUCUUUUAUCCCGCCAUCGCUGGAACAUGCACAUUAACAAGUGUGCUUUCUGAAGAGAAGACCAAGGCAUUUUGACGUAAAUUAUGGGUUCUCCUGCAGAACUAAGCCUUGAUUACAAGCCCAACAGCUAUUCUCUGCUACUAAAGACCUUUGGAGAUCAGACACAGAAUCUCGAAGAGAUCCUUUCUCGUCUUGAGGAAGAGCGGAUCAAGAUCGAUGGGCUCAAGCGUGAGCUACCUCUCUGCAUGCAACUUCUCACAAACGCCAUGGAAGCUUUAAGGCAGCAGCUACAGACCUACCGGACAAACCAGGGCCCGAGGCCAGUCCUUGAGGAGUUCAUACCCCUUAAACAUUCCGGUUCCGAAGGAUCAGAGAAAGCAGCAAGCAUCUCAGAGAAGGUAAGUUGGAUGACAACAGCGCAAUUGUGGAGUCAAUCAAGUGAUGGAAUAAACAAGGAACAAGCCACUGUAGCAUCGGCAAAAGAAGGCGAUCAUUGCUUCAGUGUGAGUCCCAAGCUAGCAUUGGAUAAUAAGCAAAGGAAUGGAGGAGCUUUUCUUCCAUUCUCAAAAGAAAAGAGCUCAUGCGCAACUCCUACUUUAAGCGUUCUUCCCGAGUUGGCUCUUGCCUCAACAAACAAAGAGAUGGAAGAUAAGAAACGCUCGGAGUCGGACAAUGGGGUGUCAGUGUCUUGUUCAACGAGAGACAAUUCCUGCAGCAAGGCCGCUGGUGGCGGAGGAACACCGACAACGGAGAAAGGAAACGCAGGAGGAAAUGCAGCCGAAGCACAACCGACGGCGACAACCCAAACCCAUAGGAAAGCAAGGAGAUGCUGGUCGCCGGAUUUGCAUCGACGCUUUGUGAAUGCCCUCCAAAUACUUGGUGGCUCUCAUGUUGCCACCCCAAAGCAAAUCAGGGAGCUGAUGAAGGUUGAUGGCUUAACAAAUGAUGAAGUUAAAAGUCAUUUGCAGAAAUACAGACUCCACACUCGAAGACCGAGCCCAAGUCCCCAAGUGGCUGGAACCCCGGCACCGCAGCUUGUGGUCUUAGGUGGAAUUUGGGUCCCACCAGAAUACGCAACGGCAGCGGCAGCAGCAGCAGCUCAUCCUGCUGCGGCAUCAACAAUCUACGGUGCACAUCCAGCCUCCCACCCUUCAACACACUAUUGUGCGCCGGCGGUGGCGCAAGAGUUUUAUCCCACGCCACCUCACCACCAGUUGCACCACAGUCUUCACCCCCAACAACACAUCUACAAGGCCUCAUCUCAGACCCAUAGCUCGCCGGAAUCUGAUGGCAGACCGGCUGGAGAUGGGUCGGAGAGCAUUGAAGAUGGGAAGUCGGAGAACAGUAGCUGGAAAGGCGAUAGUGGUGAGAAUGGAGGAGACAGAAAGGGGUUGGGCUCCAUGAGAGACGAUGGAGAUGAUCAGAGCAAUGGAAGCGAGAUCACUCUCAAAUUCUAGCUAGUCUUCUGUAGCUUGUUAGGCUUUAGACUGUGACUGAGAGUUGAGAGGGUAAAAAGGGAAGAAAGGGAAAAAGUGAGUGUUUCUUUUGUUUUCCUAGUGUAGAAUAGAUUGCUAUUACUUUGUUCGGUCACCAAUAACUUGACAUAGACUAAGAAAAAUUGAUGUUUGGAUUG